GGUCUGCGAGCGUCCCCGCGGUGCGGAGCCGCGCUGCACCGAGGCGGAGGGGCCCGGAGCGGCGAGCCGUGCCCGUGCCCGUGUCGGUGUGAGGCGGCGGGGAUCUCCCGGCGGUGCCGCAGCAGGGAUGUGCGCGGCGGGGAGGCGCUGGGGCCGGCGGGAGCGAGCCCUGCUCUGGUGCGUCCUGCUGGCGGCGUGGGAGGCGGCGUGGGGGCAGCUGCGCUACUCGGUGCCCGAGGAGAUGCCGAAGGGCUCGUUCGUGGGCGACGUGGCCAAGGACCUGGCGCUGCAGCUGCCCGCGCUCCCCGACGGCAGUGUGCGCAUCAUAGACAGAGGCAGGGCGCAGUAUUUCGCCCUGCACAGGAAGACGGGACAUUUGGUGACGGCGGAGAGGAUAGACAGAGAGCAGCUUUGCCGGCUGGUGGAGAAAUGCGUGCUGCGCUGUGAGGUGAUAGUGGACGGGGAAAUGAAGGUUUACGGCAUCGACGUGGAGAUCACGGACAUUAACGACAACGCGCCAAGCUUCCAAGACACAGAAACGGAGCUGAGAAUGAGCGAGACAACAGCGCCGGGGUCGCGGUUUACCCUCGCCAGGGCUCGCGACCCGGACGCGGGAACGAAUUCGCUGCAGAGCUACGAGCUGAGCGGCGACGAGCACUUCUCGCUGGCCGUGCAGGCGGGCCCCGGCGGGGACCAGCGCCCCGAGCUGGUGCUGGCCAAGGCGCUGGACCGGGAGGAGGCGGCGUUCCACGAGCUGGUGCUGAGGGCGAGCGACGGCGGCGAGCCGGCACGGACGGGCACGGCGCGGAUCCGCGUGGCAGUGCUGGACGCGAACGACAACGCGCCCCAGUUCAGCCAGGCCGAGUACACGGUGCGUGUGCCGGAGGACGUGCCCGUGGGCUCCGUCCUCCUCACCGUCACGGCCGCCGACGCCGACGAGGGGCUGAACGGGCACGUGAAAUACUCGUUGACGAAAGCGACUGAUCUGGCAUCGGAGGUUUUCCGUCUGGACACUGAGACGGGAUCGAUCACGGUGCUGCGGAGCCUGGACUUCGAGGAAGCCGAGUCGUACGAACUGGAGGUGCAGGCACGGGACGGCGGAGGUCUCUCCGACACGGCCAAAGUCGCGAUCAGCGUGACAGACGUGAACGACAACGCGCCCGAACUGACAGUAUCGUCGGCGCUGAGCGCGAUCUCCGAAGACGCGCCGUCGGGGACGGUGGUGGCCCUGCUGCACGUGCAGGACCGGGACUCGGGGGCGAACGGCGAGGUGCGGUGCAGCAUCGGCGAGGGGCUGCCGUUCCGGCUGGAGAAGUCGUUUGAGGGCUACUACCGCGUGGUGACGGCGAGGGAGCUGGACCGGGAGGAGGUGGCGGAGUACAACGUGACGGUGCGGGCGGCGGACGGCGGGUCGCCGUCGCUGUGGAGCGGCACGGUGCUGGCGCUGCGGGUGCUGGACGUGAACGACAACGCGCCGGUGUUCGCGGAGGCGCGCUACAGCGCCCGGCUGCCCGAGAACAACGCGGCGGGCGCGCUGGUGCUGACGGUGCGGGCGGCGGACGCGGACUGGGGUCAGAACGCGCGCGUGCGGUACCGGCUGUCGGAGGGUCGGGUGCGCGGCGCGCCGCUCUCGUCCUACGUGUCGGUGCAGGCGGAGACGGGCGCGCUGUACGCGCUGCGCUCCUUCGACUACGAGGAGGUGCGCGAGGUGGGGCUGUGGGUGCGGGCGGAGGACGGCGGCGCGCCGGCGCUGAGCAGCAACGUGUCGGUGCGGCUCGUGAUCGUGGACGAGAACGACAACGCGCCGCAGGUGCUGUACCCGCCGGCGGCGCCGGGCGCGGGCUGGGCGGGCGUGGAGCUGGCGCCGCGCUCGGCGGAGCCCGGGGCGCUGGUGGCCAAGGUGGUGGCGGUGGACGCGGACGCGGGGCAGAACGCGUGGCUGUCGUACGAGCUGGCCAAGGCGACGGAGCCGGGGCUGUUCCGCGUGGGGCUGCACAGCGGCGAGGUGCGCACGGCGCGCUUCCCGCUGGCCCGCGACGCGGCGCGGCAGAGCCUGGUGGUGGUGGUGAAGGACCACGGGCGGCCGGCGCUGUCGGCCACGGCCACGCUGACCGUGGUGCUGGCCGAGAGCGUGGCCGAGCUGCUCUCGGAGCUGGGCAGCGCGGCGGCGGCGCCGGGCGAGCCGGCCGGCAGCCUGACGCGCUGGCUGGUGGUGGCCGUGGCGGCCGUGUCCUGCCUCUUCCUCGCCUUCCUGCUGCUGCUGCUGGCGCUGCGCCUGCGGCGCUGGCGCCGCUCGCAGCUGCUGGCGGCGGGCAGCGGCGCCGCGCGCGGCGUCCCGGCCUCGCACUUCGUGGGCAUCGACGGCGUCCGCGCCUUCCUGCACUCCUACUCGCACGAGGUGUCGCUCACCGCCGACUCGCGCAAGAGCCAGCUCCGCUUGUCGGCCGGCAGCUGCUGCGACACCCUCCCGGCCCGGCCGCCGCCCGACGAGCCCGCGCCGCUGCUCGGCGACGACCCCGCCGCGCCCCCGGUGAGUGCCUCUGCCCGCGCUUGGCUGCCUUUCCUUCCUGCCGCUCUGGAGUUUCUCGCUGCCCCUUGCCUUCCCUCUGCGCACGCAGCAAAUACUUCCUUCAGCCACCAAAGACAGACUUUUGCCUGUGAGGAAAAGCAAGCAGAAGCUAAAAGAGAGUCUGUUGUAGUAGCCCAGGAGAAUGAGCAUGAGAAAGAGACCGAUGAUAAGGUGCUCUCAGGGAGGAAUUUCAAUGCCUGCAGUGAAGACCAAGAAGACUUCCCGUUAGGCAGUCAUCAUUGCCGUGCGGUAGCAUCAGGCGAGCCGCGGGAGGCGCGCUCUGUCUCCCUGGCCGGGAUGGUCUCGGGGAGCCAGGCAAGGGCGGGCGGGAGAGAAGGCGACGGCGGAGAUCCCCGCUGGACGGGACCCGCUGCCUCCGCGGCGAGUGCCGCGUCCCGGCGAGCUGCCCGUGGGGAGGCCGGGCGGGCCGCGCUCGGCAGCGCUCGGUGCCUGCAGUGCCGGGAGGAGGCUGCGGGCGCCGCUGUUGACCGAGGAGGAGCGAGAGGAAGGCCGGAGCGCUGCCGGCAGCCCCGCCCGCUGCGGCCCGGCUCGCUCUCUCGCUGGCUGGCUGGCUCGGCGGCCGGGCGGUCUGCGAGCGUCCCCGCGGUGCGGAGCCGCGCUGCACCGAGGCGGAGGGGCCCGGAGCGGCGCCGUGCCCGUGCCCGUGUCGGUGUGAGGCGGCGGGGAUCUCCCGGCGGUGCCGCAGCAGGGAUGUGCGCGGCGGGGAGGCGCUGGGGCCGGCGGGAGCGAGCCCUGCUCUGGUGCGUCCUGCUGGCGGCGUGGGAGGCGGUGUUGGGGCAGCUGCGCUACUCGGUUCCCGAGGAGAUGCCGAAGGGCUCGUUCGUGGGCGACGUGGCCAAGGACCUGGCGCUGCAGCUGCCCGCGCUCCCCGACCGCGGCGUGCGCAUCAUAGACAGAGGCAGGGCGCAGUAUUUCGCCCUGCACGGGAAGACGGGACAUUUGGUGACGGCGGAGAGGAUAGACAGAGAGCAUCUCUGCGAGAGUCUGCAGCAAUGCGUGCUGCGGUGUGAGGUGAUAGUGGACGGGGAAAUGAAGGUUUACGGCAUCGACGUGGAGAUCACGGACAUUAACGACAACGCGCCCAGCUUCAAGGAAAUUGAGGUGGAGGAGAGUAUAAGCGAGGCAACAGCGCCGGGGUCGCGGUUUCCCCUGGCCGAAGCUCACGACCCGGACGCAGGAGCGAAUUCCCUGCAGAGCUACGAGCUGAGCGGCGACGAGCACUUCUCGCUGGCCGUGCAGGCGGGCCCCGGCGGGGACCAGCGCCCCGAGCUGGUGCUGGCCAAGGCGCUGGACCGGGAGGAGGCGGCGUUCCACGAGCUGGUGCUGAGGGCGAGCGACGGCGGCGAGCCGGCACGGACGGGCACGGCGCGGAUCCGCGUGGCAGUGCUGGACGCGAACGACAACGCGCCCCAGUUCAGCCAGGCCGAGUACACGGUGCGUGUGCCGGAGGACGUGCCCGUGGGCUCCGUCCUCCUCACCGUCACGGCCGCCGACGCCGACGAGGGGCUGAACGGGCACGUGAAAUACUCAGUGAAGAAAAUCUCGGAGAGAGCGUCAAAGAUUUUCCAAAUGGACGCUAAGAUGGGAGUUGUAACGCUGGUGCGGAGCCUGGACUUCGAGGAAGCCGAGUCGUACGAACUGGAGGUGCAGGCACGGGACGGCGGAGGUCUCUCCGACACGGCCAAAGUCGCGAUCAGCGUGACAGACGUGAACGACAACGCGCCCGAACUGACAGUAUCGUCGGCGCUGAGCGCGAUCUCCGAAGACGCGCCGUCGGGGACGGUGGUGGCCCUGCUGCACGUGCAGGACCGGGACUCGGGGGCGAACGGCGAGGUGCGGUGCAGCAUCGGCGAGGGGCUGCCGUUCCGGCUGGAGAAGUCGUUUGAGGGCUACUACCGCGUGGUGACGGCGAGGGAGCUGGACCGGGAGGAGGUGGCGGAGUACAACGUGACGGUGCGGGCGGCGGACGGCGGGUCGCCGUCGCUGUGGAGCGGCGCGGUGCUGGCGCUGCGGGUGCUGGACGUGAACGACAACGCGCCGGUGUUCGCGGAGGCGCGCUACAGCGCCCGGCUGCCCGAGAACAACGCGGCGGGCGCGCUGGUGCUGACGGUGCGGGCGGCGGACGCGGACUGGGGUCAGAACGCGCGCGUGCGGUACCGGCUGUCGGAGGGUCGGGUGCGCGGCGCGCCGCUCUCGUCCUACGUGUCGGUGCAGGCGGAGACGGGCGCGCUGUACGCGCUGCGCUCCUUCGACUACGAGGAGGUGCGCGAGGUGGGGCUGUGGGUGCGGGCGGAGGACGGCGGCGCGCCGGCGCUGAGCAGCAACGUGUCGGUGCGGCUCGUGAUCGUGGACGAGAACGACAACGCGCCGCAGGUGCUGUACCCGCCGGCGGCGCCGGGCGCGGGCUGGGCGGGCGUGGAGCUGGCGCCGCGCUCGGCGGAGCCCGGGGCGCUGGUGGCCAAGGUGGUGGCGGUGGACGCGGACGCGGGGCAGAACGCGUGGCUGUCGUACGAGCUGGCCAAGGCGACGGAGCCGGGGCUGUUCCGCGUGGGGCUGCACAGCGGCGAGGUGCGCACGGCGCGCUUCCCGCUGGCCCGCGACGCGGCGCGGCAGAGCCUGGUGGUGGUGGUGAAGGACCACGGGCGGCCGGCGCUGUCGGCCACGGCCACGCUGACCGUGGUGCUGGCCGAGAGCGUGGCCGAGCUGCUCUCGGAGCUGGGCAGCGCGGCGGCGGCGCCGGGCGAGCCGGCCGGCAGCCUGACGCGCUGGCUGGUGGUGGCCGUGGCGGCCGUGUCCUGCCUCUUCCUCGCCUUCCUGCUGCUGCUGCUGGCGCUGCGCCUGCGGCGCUGGCGCCGCUCGCAGCUGCUGGCGGCGGGCAGCGGCGCCGCGCGCGGCGUCCCGGCCUCGCACUUCGUGGGCAUCGACGGCGUCCGCGCCUUCCUGCACUCCUACUCGCACGAGGUGUCGCUCACCGCCGACUCGCGCAAGAGCCAGCUCCGCUUGUCGGCCGGCAGCUGCUGCGACACCCUCCCGGCCCGGCCGCCGCCCGACGAGCCCGCGCCGCUGCUCGGCGACGACCCCGCCGCGCCCCCGGUGAGUGCCUCUGCCCGCGCUUGGCUGCCUUUCCUUCCUGCCGCUCUGGAGUUUCUCGCUGCCCCUUGCCUUCCCUCUGCGCACGCAGGCAAGGCCGCGGCAGCUGCGGGCACAGGGCCUCGGUGCGCUCCUGCCUCUCGUUCCCGCGGGGCCCGUGCCUGGCUGGCUCAUCCGGCGCUCCGGCUGCGGUGGCAGGCAGGGGCGCUGAGGGCCCCUGGCGCUCUCUCGCGGGGCUGGCGGGGGGAGGAGGCGUAG